CGUAAUGUCUCUAGAAUAUGUGCACUAUACACCUACUACACCUCCGCUAGCGUGGAGUUGACUUGACACAAAGUCUACUCAGGAAACAACUCCAGUCGGUGUGCAGGAGGUGUGUGUGCCUCGUGUGAGUGUGUGUGAGUGUAUGUGAGUGUGUAUAGAUAACGCCAGACUGCAGCCAUGAGCAACCCGUUCGCCCGCAUAGUGGAGUCGCUGGACCCAGAGAACCCCGACCACAAGUUCUUCAACCUCACCAAGCUUGGAGACCCCAGAUAUGUGCGUCUGCCGUUCUCCAUCCGUGUGCUACUGGAGUCUGCGGUGCGGAACUGUGAUGAGUUCCUCGUGAAGAGUUCCGAUGUGGAGAACAUUCUGGACUGGCAGAACACGCAGACCAAGAGCGUGGAGGUUCCCUUCAGACCCGCACGGGUCAUCCUGCAGGACUUCACGGGUGUCCCUGCGGUGGUGGACUUCGCUGCCAUGCGUGAUGCGGUUAAGGAACUGGGCGGAGCCCCGCAGAAGAUCAACCCUGUCUGCCCCGCCGACCUCGUCAUUGACCAUUCCAUCCAGGUGGACUUCACCAGGAAGUCUGACAGCCUGCAGAAGAAUCAAGACCUGGAGUUCGAGAGAAAUCGAGAAAGAUUCCAGUUUUUGAAGUGGGGUUCUAAAGCAUUCCGGAACAUGCGCAUCAUUCCGCCGGGCUCGGGCAUCGUGCACCAGGUGAAUCUGGAGUACCUGGCGCGGGUGGUGUUCCAGCAGGACGGCUACUUCUACCCCGACAGCCUGGUGGGCACCGACUCCCACACCACCAUGAUCGACGGCCUGGGCGUCCUUGGCUGGGGAGUGGGCGGGAUCGAGGCGGAGGCGGUCAUGCUGGGCCAGCCAAUCAGCAUGGUGCUGCCAGAGGUCAUAGGUUACCGGCUGCAGGGGACCCCCAACACCCUCAUCACCUCCACUGAUAUCGUCCUCACCAUCACCAAGCACCUGCGGCAGGUGGGUGUGGUGGGGAAGUUCGUGGAGUUCUUCGGGCCAGGCGUGGCCCAGCUGUCCAUCGCUGACCGGGCCACCAUCGCCAACAUGUGCCCCGAGUACGGCGCCACCGCUGCCUUCUUCCCCGUGGACCACGUCAGCAUGCAGUACCUGGAGCAGACAGGUAGAGACGCGGAGAAGUUGACUUAUAUCACUAGGUAUCUGAAGGCAGUGGGGAUGUUCAGAGACUACAGUAACGAGUCACAGGAUCCUGACUUCACCCAGGUGGUGGAGAUGGAUCUGAGUGCGGUGGUGCCCUGCUGCAGUGGUCCCAAGAGGCCACAGGACCGCGUGGCCGUGUCCGACAUGAAGUCAGAUUUUGAGGCCUGUCUGGGGGCCAAGCAAGGUUUCAAGGGCUUCCAGAUCUCGGCUGAGCGCCAUGUGGACUCGGUGCCGUUCCAGUUUAACGGAGUGGACUACUCGCUCUCACACGGAUCCGUCGUAAUAGCAGCCAUCACCAGCUGCACCAACACCAGCAACCCCUCCGUCAUGCUGGGGGCUGGUUUGCUGGCCAAGAAGGCCAUAGAGCUGGGGCUUAGUGUGAAGCCGUACAUCAAGACCAGCCUGUCGCCAGGCAGCGGCGUGGUCACCUACUACCUGAAGGAGAGUGGAGUCAUGGACUACCUGACCCAGCUGGGGUUUGAGGUGGUGGGCUAUGGUUGCAUGACGUGCAUUGGCAACAGUGGACCUUUACCUGAGCCUGUGGUUGAGGCAAUCACUCAGGGCGACCUGGUGGCAGCUGGUAUCCUGUCGGGCAACCGUAACUUUGAGGGGCGCGUGCACCCCAACACUCGCAAGUUAACUACCUGGCGUCAGCUUACCCCUCGCCAUCGCUUAUGCUAUCAAGGGCACCGGGCCCGUGAUCGACUAAAAGGAGCCCAUCGAGGAGAGGCCUUAGAACACUGGAACAUCAUUAACCGUUCUUCUAAAGUGAAUGAGCAGUGGAACUCUCUGGAGGCUCCAUCUGAUGAGCUCUACACAUGGGACCCCAAGUCCACCUACAUCAAGUCUCCACCCUUCUUUGAAGGACUGCUGAAGGCUCCUCAGACCAUCACGGACGCGUACGUGCUGCUGAACUUCGGCGACUCGGUGACGACUGACCACAUCUCCCCUGCAGGCAACAUCGCACGCAACAGCCCCGCUGCCCGCUACCUCACUGGCCGAGGGCGGGGAAUGGCCCGGUCAUGUUUCGAUGGAACCUAUGCCAGCAUCCAGCCCUUCUCAACAGGUUCUGGGCAACAGCCCAAAACACUCUACCAGCCCACAGGAGAGACGAUGGACGUGUUUGAUGCUGCCGAGCGCUAUCAGAAGGACGGCUACCCUCUCCUGGUGCUUGCUGGGAAGGAGUACGGCUCUGGGAGCUCCAGAGACUGGGCUGCCAAAGGACCCUUCCUUCUGGGCAUCAACCUGGUUGGUAUGGUGAGUCACCGUAGCAACCUGGUUGGCAUGGGCAUCAUGCCUCUGGAGUAUCUCCCUGGAACCGGGCUGGCUGGCCAGGAGCGCUACACUGUGGUCAUCCCCCCACAGCUCACGCCACGCAUGCUGGUGGACAUCAAGCUGGACACUGGGAAGUCCUUCCAGGCACGGAUGCGUUUCGACACGGACGUGGAGCUGACCUACUACCACCACGGCGGCAUCCUCAACUACAUGAUCCGCAAGAUGGCCACCGAGUAGAGAGGACCUGAGAGAAGACCUGCUCCGUCUUUCCGGAUGAACCAUCCUAAACGCACACGUUCCCCCCAACUGUUCUGUCCUCUCUUUAUUUCCGUGUCCUCCUGUUGCCAUGGGGGCCCAACCCUUCUGUCUCUCUU